CAGACUAGAACGACGCGUCGUCGUUUUACGGGAAAUAACCAAAACGCUGCACUUUAGGUUGCUGGCCUGGGCCUGGGUUGGUGUCUCACUGUCCCUGGGUUAAGAGCUGGGAGUGAAGACUAAAGAUAGAGAAAAGAGUGAUGAACGACCUCUCUAAUGCAGCUCUGUUAGAACACCACACUGCUUUCGCUUGCAAACCCAUACCUUCUUUAGCUUUUUACAUUCUCAUUCCUCUCUUUUUUAUUGGUCUUUCAGUCUCUCUUUUCAUCCUUAUUGUUGUCCACAACGCUGUUUUUUUGGUUUCUUUUCUUUUCUUGUCGACUUGUGUUUUAUCUUUUAUAGCUUGGAACACUCUUAACCGAAGGCAAAUAGCUGCCAUUUCAUAUUUUCUCCGUUCUUUUCCCGACUCUGACCUUGCUGUAGCAACUGACGGCCAGAUUGUUAAAAUCACUGGGGUAGCAUCAUGCGGGAAUCUGUCCCUGGAAUCUUCAUAUGAAAGGGCCACCAGAUGUAUCUAUACCUCAACUCUUUUGUAUGAAUAUGGAAGUUUGGGUCUCAAGCCUGUGAAUAUCAAAAAAUCUUGCUUCCAGUGGAGUUUAGCAUAUUGUGAGAGGUUCUCCACAGACUUUUACAUAACUGAUAGGAAAUCUGGCAUAAGAGCAAUGGUGAAAGCUGGUUCUGGUUGUAAAGUCAUUCCCUUGAUCUUUGAGAGCAAAAUUGUCACAAUUACUAAAUAUUGCAGUGUACUGUCCCCUCACCUUAGGAAAUGGUUAAGAGAAAGAAACCUCCCAGCUGAAGCCCGACAACUAUGUGUGGAAGAAGGGUAUGUUCAGGAAGGCAGCUCUGUGACUGUUAUUGGAAUGUUACAUAAAGAUAAUGAUGCUUUGAUGAUUGUUCAGCCACCACAGCCCGUCUCCACAGGAUGUCUAUGGAAAAGGCUUCUUCUACCUGUUGAAGUUGAUGGACUUGUCCUGGGAGUCCCUGAUUUCACUGACCCAGUAACCAACACAGUCCCCGUGCGUCACCCUGAACAAUAAUGUUUACUUGCCUGGAGUUACAGUUUAGGAUUAUGUUGCUCUUGUAGAUUUAUAUCUGUUUAAGUUUAACCUCUGAACUUUUGUUUAUUAGUUAAUUAGUCUAAUUCUUAAUCUUCUUUCAAUUUGAAGAUAAAGGUUUGGAAAGUGUUUUAAGCUGUAAAUUUCAUGGAACUGAAUUCUAGAGUUAAUAUAGGCCAAUUUUAUAAUUUGGUGUA